AUGACAACCAACACAACCCCCCUCCGCCUCGCCAUCGCCUCCGACGACGCCGGCCUCGAGUACAAAACCGCCCUAAAAGCCACCCUCUCCUCGCACCCCCUAAUCUCCAGCAUCACCGACGUCGGCGUCUACACAUCAACCGACAAAACCGCCUACCCGCACCCCGCCGUGGAAGCCUCCCUCCUCGUCCGCAACGGCCACGCCGACCGCGCACUCCUAAUCUGCGGCACGGGGAUGGGCGUGUGCAUCGCUGCGAACAAAGUCCCCGGGAUUCGGGCAGUGACGGCACAUGACUCGUUUAGUGUGGAGAGGGCGGUGUUGAGUAAUAAUGCGCAGGUGCUGUGUUUUGGGCAGAGGGUUGUGGGGGUAGAACUGGCGAAGAAACUGGUGACGGAGUGGUUGGAGUAUCGCUUUGAUGAGGGGAGUGGGAGUAAGAGGAAGAUUGAGGUGAUAAGUGAGUAUGAGAGGGGGUUCCGGGCUGGGAAUUGGGGUGGGAUCGGAGGAGAUGAGGCGAUUGCGAUUGAUUGA